AACAAGAAGUUGUGUUUUGAAAAUGUUGGUGGCUUUCCAGAUCUUGGUUCAGAAUACAGCACAAGGAAGAAUUCACAAGAUAAAGUUUGGACAAUUUCUACUUCAUCAUGUCUCUCAAUUCAAAAGGAAUUUCCUAGAAGAUUAAAUCUGAAAUGUGAUGCCACAGUCCCUGCUAAACUGAUGAAAAUCAACAAUUAAGUAAAUGUAUAAAAUUUUUAAUUACAGAAAGGUGGCUAUUAUUUUCAUUGAACAAGACAAAAAAAACUUGAUUGAAUCUUUUAAGAGAGAGAGCUAGAAAAUGGCAUUUUUCAAAAAUUUUCAACAAAAUCUACCUUCAGUGUCUUCUCUGGUUGACACAAUUAGCAGUGCAGUAGAAGAUCUGAGUUGUGCUGUAGGAGAUCUAACUAGCGCUGUUGGGGAGGUCAGUUAUAAUCUAUCUGAUUCAGUAGCUGAACAGGUAACAAGUAUGAUAAAUGGUUUUCGCACAGAAGAUGAAGCUUUUCGAACAGAUGAUACAGUUAUCCUUAAUAAGGAAGAAAAUGCCUCAAUGUCUCAGAGCUCAAUAGAUAACAAUAUCCAAAAAACUACACCUCAGUUAGAACAUAAAACAAAAGAAACACAAUUUCAUAGUUUUUCAGUUUUUCCCAAGAAAGAUCAAGAUCUGCAUCAGGAAAGACUUUUAGGACAUGUUAAGGACAAACAACAAAAUCAACCAAAACACGAAGAAACUAAUCAUGCUGAAUAUUCUCUUUUGAAAGAAGACUUCAGUGAAAAUGGGGUGUCAGAGCUUAAUCAGGAUAUACGUCAAGAACCAGUGAAUGUGGACAGAAGUACAAAAAUUGGGCUUAAAAACUCAAUGGAUGGUAAUAAACAGUUGAAAGAGGCAAAAUUGAUAGAAAUCAAUAAAAAUCAGAAAAAUACUUUUGGAAAUAAAUUCACACAAGAGCAAAAAAAUAUCACAGAUAAUCAUAAAAGAGAAGAAUAUAAAUCUAAACAUAUCUCUUUUGGAAAUAGCAAAAAUAAUAAAGAUAUUUCCUUUUCUCAAGAAAAUAAAAACAGACAUAAUGAUUUAGAGAUAUCUGCUGAUUUGAAGAAAGAAGGAAAGCAUAUUAAAGGAACAAAAGGAAGUCAGAAUUCAAGAAACGAAAAGCCUUCAAAAGAUAUGUUGAACAUUAAUAAGCAUACAGCACAAAAAUCCAUUAUUAAAAAAAAUAUAGCAUCAUCAAAUAAGUCAAAGCCUCGAUUCGAGGAAAAAGUUAAACACAAGUCAUCAAUAAUUGGUUUGGGGGAUUCCAAAGAACUUCAUCAGAUAAAUACAUUGCAAUGUUCCAAGAUGAAAGCAGAAGUAAAAACAAAGAAAAAUGAAGCCAUUUUUGCUGAUAAAGGACUAUCAAAAAAUAAAGUUGAAAAAUAUACUGAGAAAGUACCAGAAAAAGAUAAUACAUACUUGGAUAAAGAUCAACAUGGUUCAUCCUCUGAAAGUGAAGAUGAAGCGUUGGGUAAAUACCAUGAAGCGUUGUCCAGGACACACAAUUCCAGGCUGUCAGUGGCAGGUGGAAGACAAAAGAAUUACGUUUGGGAGACCAGACAAAAAUACAGUCCUCUGUCUGCAGAGUAUGAUGGAUAUAGUAGUGAAGCAUCAAUAGAUGAAGCAAACUGCAUUCAAAGAAUGAGAAGAACACCUCCAUUGGAUGAAUUACAGCCACCACCAUAUCAGGAUGACAGUGGCUCUCCACAUCUCUCAUGUACACCUUCAGAAAUUGGUGACAGUAAAUGUGAAUUUUCUCACUGUAGCAACAGUCCAAGAUGUUCAUACAAUAAGUGCCCAAGCGAAGGAAGUACAGGACAUGAAAUAGAAAGUUUUCAUAAUAAAGGCUAUGAAGAGGAUGUGCCCAGUGACAGUACUGCUGUUCUUAGUCCAGAAGAUGUGUCAGCUCAAGGAUCAUCUUCACAACUUCCUAAACCUUUUGAUCCUGAGCCAGAAGCUAAAUAUGGCACCCUGGAUGUGACUUUUGACUAUGACUCACAAGAACAGAAGCUCCUAGUAACAGUGACAGCUGUCACAGACAUCCCAACAUACAACAGGACCAGCAGCAACUGCUGGCAGGUGCACCUUGUUCUUCUGCCCAUAAAGAAGCAGAGAGCCAAGACAAGCGUCCAGCGAGGGCCAUGUCCUGUCUUCACAGAAACAUUCAAGUUUAACCAUGUUGAAUCUGAGAUGAUUGGAAAUUAUGCAGUUCGCUUUAGACUCUAUGGUGUACGUCGCAUGAAAAAAGAAAAGAUUGUGGGUGAAAAAAUUUUUUAUUUAACAAAAUUGAAUCUUCAAGGGAAGAUGUCAUUACCCGUGAUUUUGGAGCCUUCUUACAGUCUUUCUGGCUGUGGCUCCCAGAUGAGCAUGUCAGAAAUAUCCUGUAGUGAAAGUACAUCCUCUUGUCAGUCUCUAGAACAUGGCUCAACUCCAGAAAUCCUCAUUGGCCUGCUUUAUAAUGCCACAACUGGCAGAUUAUCAGCAGAAGUCAUAAAAGGCAGCCACUUCAAAAACUUGGCAGCAAACAGACCACCCAAUGGACUGUUCUGUUGUCUAAAACACUUGAUAGGUGGACAGGUUUAUAUAAUCCGAGAUACAUAUGUUAAGUUAACUCUUCUGAAUUCCAUGGGUCAAGAGAUGUCCAAAUGCAAGACAUCCAUCCGCAGAGGACAACCAAAUCCCAUAUACAAGGAAACCUUUGUCUUUCAAGUGGCACUGUUUCAGCUUUCAGAUGUGACCCUUAUACUGUCCGUGUAUAACAAACGCAGCAUGAAACGAAAAGAGAUGAUAGGCUGGAUUUCUCUAGGUCUCAACAGCUCGGGAGAAGACGAGCUCAAUCACUGGACUGAAAUGAAGGAAUCCAAAGGACAACAAGUAUGUAGAUGGCACUCAUUAUUAGAGUCAUGAUGGACAGAGCCAGAGGCAAUUACAACUUAAUAUAGCCUCAUUUCUGGCUCCAAAAAGAUUGUUUUUACUUAGCCCCUCUCAGGAGAGCAGUUCACGGAAGUAUCAGAUUCAACAUUCCACCUUAAAACAUGCACUAAGUGCUAUGGAACAGAACAGCUAAUACGACAUCUUUUCAUUGACUUUAUCUCUGGUGGAAAUUAUUAUGGAAUAUGAGAAACUUACAUGGUUGUGGUCAAGCUAGCAAUGCUUCAGAAGUUUAAUCAUAUGAUGUUGGUUUUUUACAGUAAUUUCAUUUUAGAUGCUAAAGAGCUAGCUAUUUCAUUAAAAAUCAGAAUUUUCAAUGAUAAAAAAAUGGAGAAUUUUGGUUUCAGUACUAUAAGCAUAUUGGCACUGUUCUAGAGGUUCUCCAUAAAAUAUUUCUUGACCAGUCAACACCUUCUGUUAGUGAUGAGUAACUUGUGGUCAAUUUGAAAGAAACUUAAAUCAACUCUAAUAGCAAAAUUUCAAUCACAUUGAAAAACAUUUUAUUUCAUAUUUUUUUCUCUUUGCAUAGGUUAUUAUGCUUCAUUUCUCUGUUACACAUCUCAGUAGCAUUACAUCUAAGUGGAAGCAGGUAUACUUUGACAAAAGAAGACAAUUCUUCAGCAUAUCAUGGGGCCAAGCUCCACUUGGACCCAAGUCAUUUUCCCCCUUGCCUGUGCUUCUGCUUAACCCAAAGAGACCAAGUCACUGUACUGGUCCCUUGCAAGCCUUCUUAGACAGGUUGUACUGUAGAAUUAUGUAACUUUCUGUUGAAAGCACUUCCUAUAUUCAUGUAUUCCAACAUAGGAAGCUCAUAGAGCAGGACUUGACUUUUAAAAUUCUUUCAAUAAUUGAUAUUAAUUUAUUUUAAAUGCCAGUAUUGUGAAGAAUAUAUUUUUAAAACAAUAAAGUAUAGUGAGUUAACCGCUGAAAAAAAAUCCAGUGUGAAAUUUUAACUGCCUGGUACUAGAAUUUAGCCACAAGCAUUGUUUUGGUUUGGUUUGGUUUUUUUUAGCAAAAUAAGUAUUCAUAUUAAGAAAGAAGCUGCUCUCUUAAGUGUUCAGUCUUACCCUCAGAUACUAAACCUGUGAUACAAAGACUAUCCCUGUCUCAGAUUCAGUCAGGACCUCAUGUUAAAGACAGUUCUGAGACUCCUUCUGAUGCUUCUAGUGAUGUGAAUAAUUUUUAUGAAAUUUACAAAUACGUUCUUCAACGUAAUUAAUAUCAUCCUGUGCCUUUCAUGUCUGUUAAAUUUGCUCAUACAACUUGAGAAAGCUGUAUUUGCAAAAUUAGGCCUUCAAUUUUUAUAGAUGUAAGGAUUCUUCAGAACAGUGUCAUAAGAUCUUUUUUUCUCUGGACUAUGUAAAGUUGUAUAUUAUGUGCUAAUUUUUUAAAUGACAAAGGAGGUUCAUUUGGGUUGAUUUUUUAAAAUUUAGCAACUUUGGUUGUAAGUAGCAUUGAGUAUUGUUCUAUUUUGCUUCUCCUCUUUCCUGUCUAUAACUUUGCUCAUAAAUGUUGUCAAUUUUAUAUAUGUACAAAAUUAUUUUCCUUUGCCCUUUCUCCUUUCUGGGUCAAGUAGAACAAAUAAUUAUUUGUUUACUAAUUAAUGUAAAGUAGUGUAUGGUUUUCAAGAGAUUCACAGUAUACUUUGAAGUACAAACACAUAAUAGCAAAACAUCCUCAUAGAAAAUAUCAUUUGAAUUUGAGUUUAUAGAAGAAUUGUUCAACUAAUUCCUAAAUUUAGCAAACUUUGAUUAUUACCUUUUAGUUCAAUUAAAUUAAGUUUAGAAAUGGCAGUUCAAUAAUUCACCCAUAUGAAUUAUAAGAAAAAUUAUUAUUAGAUUAAAUCAAAAUUUAUGAAUGCAUAUUAUGCAUUUGGGGAAAUUCAUUCUUUCAUGAGCUUUUUCCAGGAUUUUUAUAAAUGAGUUAGUCUACAAUCAUAUGUGCAUCACAAGACAUAAUAUAUGAUUUAAGCAAGAUCAGCAACAGUGUACAAGAAGGUUUUGAAAAGAAAUCAUAUCUAGGAUUUUGACAUUGUAAGUAUAUUAGUUUUGAAAAGAUUGGUUAUGUUAAUGUUAACUAGAAUGCCCCUAAUAAAAAGAGGUAUCUACCUUAUUUGUAGCCAUAUUAAGCCUUACCCAAAUACAAGAUUUCCUUGUUAUUUUAUCCUUGAGUAAGCAAUCCACUAGCCAGCUGUUAGUUAAAUUUGCCUAUUUCAGGCAAAACCCAGAGAGGUAGAUAUGUUUCAGGAUAUCCCAAGCAAAUUCUAAACAGAAGCCUACAGAUCUAAAUAUUAAAUAGGAAGUUGAAAAUGUUAGAUGAAGUCCCUAUUUCCAUGUGCUAAAAAGGAAAAAAAUAACAUAAGAUUUAUCUCUAGAUUAUGUAAAAGUGAGGGUGUCAUAAUUCUGGAAAUUUUGAAGUUAGAAAAUUCUUUUUCUUCUUUGUCUAUUUAACUCAGAAUAACCUUUUGGUUUAAAUUCUAGUUAAUGAUUAUCAUUCCCAUUCUGUACUUCUUUGCUUUUUCAAGUAAGGAGAGAGAGAGAAAGAGAGAGUUUGGAGGGAAGGAAGGAGGGAGGGAGGGAAGGAGAGAGGAAGAGAGAGAAAGACAGCAAUAUACAUAUCUUAUCCUGUGGAUUGACAAAAAUAGUAUUGGUUCUUGAAGUAAUUACUUCUAAAAAGAUUGUCUUUUUUCUUAGAAAAAAGGCUUAAAUAGGGCUCAAGAGACCCCUUUUUACUAUACCAGAUUUAAUAUAUCAGAUAGUAUUGCUGGGUUUUUUGUGCUUUAAUUUUCAUGAAAGCUUUAAGGCAAAUUUUUAUAUUCUAGUAAUUACUGCAAAUAGGGUCCCGCUGAUGGGCAGUAAGUAUGGCUUUAGAAAUUUGAAAAAGAAAGCCUAACUUUUUACUGUUCUGUUAAAAAAAAAAAACCUAAGUUUUGUAAUAAAAUGAAAAAGGCCAUAUAUGGCAAUUAAAUGGUAUGUGAGCUUUUGCUCCUGCAAUUAUAGCCUUUAUUUAUGAACCAAAUGAGCUCUAAAACAUAGUGGUUUCUAAGUACCCAAGAAACAGAAGGUAUACUUCAAGUCAGUAAAAAAUAUUGGGCCAAUAUUGAUCUCAAAAAUCUUCUUGCUUAGUCUUAAUUCUUUACUGCUGUUCAUAUUUUCCAUGAAAUUUUAUUUGCACGUUAUAUUAGAGUUCAUAUAUUAGGCAUUCGGUUAUGAUUAUAGUAACAGAAUGUUUCAUAGUAUUAAAAUAAUGGCUAAGAUGGCAGCUCACCUGGGCAUUCACCAAACAGAUAAAUAGGCUAGAUGCACCUUUGGCUAGUUUGGCUAGCAUUGGAACUAGUUUCUAGAUUAAAUGAAAUUCUUAUGGCCCUCAUUUUUAAAUAGUCAGAAUGUUUAUAGUAAACUGGAAAUAAUGGUUGCUAGGUGAUUCAUCUCCAAUAUAGAAAGCAGAAGUGAAGUUGGAAAAGUCAGUCAAAAGUAAAACAGAAUUCUUUAAGAAAAGCAAAUUAACCUUUGAGUCUUAUGUGUGACCUUGGAAACACGUGAAUUUAUAUAGUCAGAUAAUUAGUGGAUCUGAAUUUCAAAUGCUGUAAAAAAAAAAAAGUCAUAUCCAAAAGGCUUCUCUACAACAUUCCACAGGUAUAUGAAUAGAAGGGCCAAAAAUAUCUUUCCAUUCAGUUGACAAAUGACUACAUAAACUAAGCAGUUCAGGCAGUUUCCAAGUUAAAACUCUCUUAUUGUUCCCCAAAAUUGUGAUUUUUAAAAAAUUCCUUUUUUUCUCACUUCCUUUUGUCAUUCACCACUAUCCUUAAACUAGAUGACCUAUGCUGAAGAUGGUUGUUAUCAUUGUCAUCAUCACCAGGAAAUAUUUCUGAGCACAAGACCAAGUAUGUUGUUAAACUCUGUAGGAAAUGAAUUUUUAAAACAUUUUAAAAACAGUUUAUGACAAUCAAAAGAAAGACACCAAAAUCAUAGGUACUCAAUGUGGGCAUAAAACAUGUGACAUUCAUUUAUGCCAUUGAACUUCCAAAAAAGGAGACAUUAGAGAGAAACAUAGAACCAUGAAAAAGAUGAUGAUAAUGAGGAUGAUAACAAUAAGAUUUGUCAAAUUUCUUUACUAUGACACAAAUUGUUCUUGUAUCACUAAUUCAUUAGUAUAUCAACAUUGUACAUGAACAAGAAAAAGUUAAGGGAUGAAAGAUGUUUGGAAUAUGAGAAUAUUUGAAUUUAUCUUUAAUUUACUAUUAUGGAUUGAAAAUGUGUUAUAUAGUAUUUAAAUUUAAUUUAUCCAGGACACUUUUUAAGUAUCUAGGGUUUUUAUUAACUUUACAAGAUCAGAUUUCUUUCCCCAUAGAAUGACAGGCCAAUUUUUAUAAACCAAGAUUGAGGAUUUAAGCAGGAAAGGGGGGCGUAAAAUAGUUUGUGCUAUGUAAGAAAGGGUCUCUAUUAGCCAUGUCCUAAGGAACUAUGAUAGGAAUGGAUAUCUCUCCAUUCUAAUGUUUUAUAAGAUGCAUUCUGUCCCCCUUCCUCAUGUAGAAUUUUCCAGCAUGUGAAAAACAUGUACAAGAAAAAACUAUCUGGCAGCAGAAUCCCGUAUUUCAGACAGGCCUCUGAGAACAGCAUGCUAAUAGAGCAUUUUGCUUAUGAGAUGAAAUCUAAAACAUAGAAGGGAAAAGAAAUAGACAUUUUCCCCUUCGAGUACAUGGAAUAUAUAUAGCUGCUUUUGCCUCUCCCACUUCACCCUUCAAAAAAAAAAAUUCAUUGCCCAGGUAUGAAGGAUAGAAUUGAAUUUCUCUUCAAAGAAAAAAUUACUGACUAGGAAGAGCAUUAUUUCAAUGAUCUUAGGCUAGCAUUUUAAUGAAAGAAGUUUUAUGUGUGUUAAUAAAGGAGUGAGGUGUUUAAACUAGGUUUAGUAGUGUUAGGGUUUUUUCCCUUUCCUUAAAAAAAAAGAGAGAGAUGUGAAAUGAAAAAAAAAAAAGAGGGGCAUUUAAUUUUGGGUACCUAUAUACUUUGGAGGACUACCCUAAUUCAACAUAAACCUUUGUCAAGAUAUUCCCCAGACUAAUAAAUAAAUCCUAUUAUGGUGGUUUUAUGAAUCUUGAAAAUUACCUUUAGAUUAUUAUUCAAAUAUUUCUUCACUGUGCUGCCUUUAAGAUGAUGAAUAGGAGACAGGGAAAGGAUCUCAGAAGAUAUUCAUCCAAAAGGCAAGUUGCAUGACAAGGUCACAUUUUUCAAGCUGUAGAAAUAGCAGGAGAAUCAUUCUAAAAGCUAUUUUCAUAACAAACUACACCAUUCCUUUUUUUUUUUCACCAUGCAGGUAAUAAGGAUGACCUCUUAAGAGGAGAAUUGUAAUAAUCUUUUAAAAAAUUAAAUAGUAGCAGGAACCUCCUGCCUCUUAUCUUAUGUGCCAUCUGGGCAUUCAUAUUGCUGUGUUUGUCAAGCAAAAACUCUGAGUCUGAGAAUCCUAUCCUGAGAAAUUCUUCCUUUUUUUUUUUUUUUUUAAACUUAUGUUUAUAGAAUAGUUGUGAAAAUACUGAACUAACUCUGGUUUAGGCUAUAGUUUAAUCUCUGUUCCCCAUAGUUGGAAUAUGCUCAUUUUCAUUUUCUUCUUUAAGCAUUUUCACUGAUAUCUAUUUAUAUGAUUUCUCACUAGAAAAAUUUGAUUUGGAGUUUAACAUUCUUUACCACCUUGAGUUCAAAUCAAAUUUAUUAAACCAGAUUAAAGUUGGUUUUUAAAUAUAUAUUGCUUAUUUGUCACAUAAUUUUAGAUAACACAAAACAAUAACUUGAAUUUUUCCAAGCAGUAUUUACUUUUCUUUAUGGAAGUGAAGACCCUGGGCCCUCAACAUUUAAAAGUUUUUAGUUCAAGAAGGACUUUGCUAUUAGUUCUCUAAAUAGUGACUUAAAAGAAGAGAUUGAAUAAGCUAGGCCAGGAGUCUGAGACUAGAGCAGGCUAAUGUGAUUUAGGGAUUUCUCACCAAUACAGAAGGUUUUCAAAAGUUUUCCUUUCCCUAAGUGCAUAUGUCAUACAGGCCCAAUUCAAUGUAAAAAUGACUUGUUCAUCUUUGAAGACCUUCCUAAUUCUAAAAUUCUGUCGUAGUUUGAGGGCAACAUAUUUGUCUUACACACCAUUGUUUCAAAAGUUCUAGACACAGAGUAAGGGCUCACUAUAUAUUUAUUGAUUAAUUUCAAAAACCCCCAUUCUUCCAUCUCUAAAGCUCCACUAUGGAAAAAUAAAAUCUGGGGUUCCCUGAGCAGCUCAGGGUUACUUAGAGUAAUACUAGAGGCUCUUUGGCCUCCCUUUUCACUCUAAAAGUCUCCGAAAUCAGCACAACUAAAAAGAAUUUCAAUCACGUGCUAUAUUUAGUGACUAAUGAGGCUUGUGUCAUUUGGGUCCACAUUAAUAAUUUCUGUAAUCCUCAGUUUCAUGUCCUCACUACACAACAUGAACAAAUUUUGGGAAGCACUCAUGCAUAGCUUGGUACUUUUACGUACUUGUUCUGUGCAUGUUCUUGUGUUCUCUCUUAGGAUUCAUCAUUAGGAUUCAGGUUCUCAUUGGAGGAUUUUUUCUGAAAGACUGGCCCUUCUACUUACUGACUCUGUGACAAAUAAAAUUAUGAUUAGAUGUAAAUUGAUGCAGUUAUCAGUCACGGAUAAGCUGAGAAUUUGAUUAGGCUCUUUUUAUGUACUGCUUAAGGGGAAUAGUAAACUAAUAGAAGCAUAAUACUACUGUGUUAGACUGAAACUGGGAAUGGGGUGUCCAAAAUGAAUUAGGAAGCUUCUCCCAUUUUUUAAUGUUUAUACCAAGACAAAAAAUAAAUGGGCAAGGUUUUUGUUUUUCCAUAAAUUUUAAUUUCCCAUCCUGUGUCCCCCUCACCAACUCCUCAGUGCCUUUGGAAUUUAUAAGACAGAGGUAAGUUUAUUGCAGUCACUCUGAAACAGACUCUGAAUGAUUGAUAACUUUUUCCCCAAUCAUAUUGUUUAGCCAAUAAGAGGAUUCAGAAGGUCUGCCACUUGACCUUAAAAAAGCCAGUGAAACCAAGCCUUUAUAGACGUACUGCCCUCUUGGGGUUAGAGGUGGAAGUGUAGUAGCAAUGAGAAAAGAGAAGCUCUUUUCACUUAGAAGCCUUAAAAAUAAAUCCAUUUGUCUUGAAAUGUGUGUAUAAAACAAAAAUCAGGUGAUUUGGGAGGGGACUUAAUUGUAAGUCCACCAAAAGUUUACGAUAAUUUUAGUUCUGAACUACUGCAUUUUGCUUUUAGUACACAAAAAAAUAAGGCUAUUCCUAAAUAAUUGAUUAUUAGAAGAAAAUCACUGCCAUGGCACUGUUAUGCAAGAUUUUGACAUUUCUCCAUUUUUAGUCUGACAUUCUGUAGCUUGAGUUGUCUUAUUAUUUAGGGACCCUUCCUCCCACUUGCUUUUUACUCUUCUGAUUAUCAGUAAACCUAGUUUGUUCUGCUUGUUUUUUGAGUUUGUCUUCCUGAAUAUUCAAGAUUACUUAAAAAAAAAAAAAGAAAAACCCUAAACGCCAUUCAAUUUAUUCUUUAGCAUGUGAUCUCUCACCUGACACAUAUUGUGUUUAAAUGAAUACCCAAUAGAUGAAUUAUAAUGCCACAUUAUGCCUUGAAAAAAAUAAUUUUCUGAAAUUGGUUUAUAUAUUUAGUUAUUGCUAAAAUGCUUAUUACCGUGGUACUUAGCACUUGAUAUCAAAUAUGAAUACAUUGUUUAAUGAGGAAACAGGCUUUCCCUUAUGAUCUCUAAGACUUAUUGUUUUUCUUUGUCUUUAACAUCUGUUUGAAAGGAUUGCUGGGAGCUUCUUAACAGCAUUGCAUUUGUCAUUUUCUGAGUAGGUAACCUUCCUCCUCCUUCUGCUGUAAUUUUCAUUAACAACCAGACCUUUUAUACCCUGAGGGGUCAGUCUUCCUGUGAUGCUCAUGCAUGACACCCAUUAAUACUGGUGAAAGUAAUACACAAGAACCAACAGGAGACAAGACCCCCAAGUGUAACAGGAUCAGCAGAUCAGAGCACUGAUACAGAAUGGCGCCUGCAAUACAACUAAAUGUGAUUUCAAUUAUAAAUAGGGUAGAAGCCAGGAACUGGAUCAAGAAUUUUAAGUAUCUAAAUCUUCCUUCUUUCCUAUUGGUUUUCAUUUUUCCCCAACUUGCACAUUUAUAUUUUAUCUGAAGUGUGUAUUUAGUGAAUAAAAAUUUUGAAAUAAUUCCACACAUCUCUUUAACCCUGCAAUUCCAAAAAGUAGAAAAUUAAAGUCAGUGCUUUGUAAUACAGCUUAUUUGCAGUCUUUUUGAGUAAGUAAGUACUGUUAGCAUUUGAAACAUACUGUGUGUCUGCUAUUUCUUUUGAGGAGAAGAGCACGGUAGUUUGUGUAUAAUUGGACUAGAACGGAAUGAAGCCCAAUUGAAUGACCAUUUUGUUUUUAUAAAUAGUAUCAAGUUUACUCCUAAACAAUUCCAACAACUGCUUAGCUUACAAAACUGUACUGCAAAUAUGUUUGCUUUUUUUUUGAUAUGUUUUCCCCUACUUCCCCGACCAGUUCUUCCCACCUCGUACAAGAUGGGUACACCACUGUAGCGCCAUUUUUGGAAGGAUUUUCAUGGCUGUCGUAAAGGGGAGACAGCUGAACUUUGGCUAAGUUUUUACUAGAAUUUUGAAAUAAGAAAAUUUCUAAAUGUUACCUUUUAGUUAAAUUUAUCAGGGGGGACCAGGAGUGGUCCUUGGUUAUUUUAUGGUUGAAAAGGCCUGUGAUGGUCACUGGGGCCACUCUCCUUUUCUGUAAAUAAUGAGGUGCAUUGAUGCUUAAUACUGUUUCAUUUCUCAAAAGUAUUUUUAAUGCAAUUUUCAUGAAAAACUUAAAUUAGUGAAAUCUUUUAUUCGAAUUUCCCUUAAUUUGCUUUUUUGAGGAGAAUUGUCUCCUUGAUGUGUAUGUGUACUUUCUUACAGAGCUUUCUUACCUAUUUUUGUAACAGUGGAUCUAAUAGCAUAAAGUUUAAAUGCUCCAUGAGCAAAAUUAUAUCUCUCUUAUUCUAAGGAAAUAUACUGCUGAUUAAAGUCUUGGUCUUAAAUUAUUUUCAACUUGUUUACUGGUGAGUCUAAACCAAUAACUGAUCUCAUUAGUAAAUAACAAGUGUUUGUGCUGUUAUCAGCAAUGUUGUUGAAAUGUUUUUUUGUCACAUUUUAAUUCAUGUUUUCAUUAAAAUAUAUAAACAUGAGUGUGUGAAGCAGUCCAUUCUGUAGAAUAGUACAUAACUAAUGACUUUAGUUUGAGUCUGUCUAUUGAAAUGUGCUGUAUUUAAAAUUUUAUUCACAUACCUACUUUUAUACUGCCUGUAUAGCACUGAUUCUCUCGGUGCUUUGUUCCUUUUGUAAAAUUGUAUUAUGUAGAGAAAUUGAUGUCCUGGUGUGUAAACAGUGUCAUACAUUUGAGAAAUAUCUUCAAUUGAUUAUUCUAAGGAGGUCUUAAAUGGCAGUUUAGUUUUUCAUAAUAGAGUACAUACAAAUUUGCUUAGUGGGUUAAAAGUUACUUGCCUCUUCCUUCCUACUUAAUGCUUUAUGAAUACCUACCCAGAGUAAGGAAUUCUCUGACUUUUGUCCUAUGGUGUUACACAAAGAAUAACCCUUAUUCUUAUUCAGUGAAAAAAGACUUUUUUAUUUGGCUGUUACACAAUAAUUAUUGUGCAUUCCAUGAGCAAAUAUAUAAGCAUAUUGUAAAUCAUUGCUGAGAAUGAAAACCUUUCAUGUAAUCUGGUCAUAUGUUAUCACUAACAGCAAUGUUUAUGUAGUAUCUUUAAAUUGUGGUUUAAAUCUGGAUCCCAAACUAUAGAUCUAUUUUUUAAAAAUUUGUUAUCAUUCUACAUAUUCUGCCAUCUUACCAUUCCAUAGUUCAUAACUAAAUCCAGAAUUAAAACUAAAUAUCUUCAAAUAAAUCUUUCUAAUUUUAAGUCCAAUUUGACAUAGUAUUCUGGACUCUAUUCUAUCUAAGUAUAUAUUCUUUCUGGUACUGCACUUAAUAUGAAUUGUCAGUGUUUUCAUUAGCAAUAACCACAUUAUAGUUUUGCUUGGCAAAAAUCAUUCUCUACCUGUUUUGAUUACAUAAUUUUUGGUUAAUUUUUGGCUAGUUAUCUCAGUUCAGAAUAAUCAAUUAAAUAGUUUUAUUUUUCAUUGUCUUGUCUACUCGUUUUCAUUAAUAAAUAAUUUUAUAACAACAGAAUUGUUUUUGAAAAGACCAUGCUUACCAGCAUUCUUUCACAUGAAAAAGAUUUCAUGGUGUUGGAAAGUUGACAGAAAUUAAAGUCACUACAUUAUUAUUAAGUUACUAAUUGCCUUUAAAAUCCCUAGUUCCAUAAAUUAACCAGAAACCAUCCCAAUUAAAUUUUUUUUAAACUAUAACAUCAAUACUCAGUAAUCAUGUUUAAAUUUUUCCCUUUAGAAAACAUUAUUACUUUCUUCCAAAACAUAUGAAAUUGUUCUUUUUAAAAGUUAAAUUGAUUAAUACUCCAAUUAUAAGACAGAAAUUGGGAUCUUAUCCAUUAUUUACCACCGAAUUAUCCUGUUUCAUCAAGUAUUGUUAGUAUCUAUUAUUACAUUUUAAAUUGAAAAAGCAGAAAUAACAAAUUUGUUCCCUAUAAAAUACUCACCAAAAAAUGUCAAAACAACAUUUUUCUAAAUUUGAAAGUGACUAAAUUGUUGUUAAUUUGCUAGUUAGACUUUCCCCUCUAAUAAGAGAGCUAUUCUUAUCUAGGUAGGUCACAGCUAAAUUUCAUUCAUAGCAUUACAGCUGGAAAAAAAAAGAAGGUCCUAUGGUAUAUAUGUACAUCUGUUUGGUCUAUUUAAAGUUGCUAUUAGAAGGGGGGAGAUACAAGAAAUUCAUGUAAUUAAAUGUCAUACUAUGUCAUUGUAUCUAAACAUGUCAGAAAUUACUUGUUAAAACUAUUCUGUCAUAUCCAAGAAUCUCCAAUAUGCAAAAUAUUUAUUAGUCACUUUUUUCUUUUUUCCUUCUGAAAAUAAAGUCAUUCCCAAUUUUAAAAGUCU